UGGCCUGCUCCCUGCCACCUUGUCAUCUUUCACUAAUAAUGACAGUUAUGGUUUCUGUGUUCUGACCUCUAUACCCAGGGGCAGCCCUACUUAUGGAUAUUUAAUUUCUCCUGCUUUACAAAAUCUGGAGAAACACUCCUUCAGCCCGGGCUUCAUUCAGGAAGCACAGACUCCGCGCUUGCUCUGCGUUAGACAGCGUGGGAGUGUGAGCAGAGAGCGGGAGUGGACAGAGGAGAAUUCAGAGAGGCUCUGACACAGUUUCCCUGCUUCUCUUUACCUUCUUAGAAGUGGUGGCAUAUGCUCAUUCUGGAAACUUUACAGAAAGCAUGACCUUUAAUUGUCCCCCAGGGUGCCUGACUUCCUUUGAUGUUUAAGACAGUCUUAUGGUGUAGGCUACUCUGGCUUUAAAAACCAUCUCUCUCGUGCUGGUGCACACACCACACCCCGCCUCCUGCAGCUUUACCACAGCGUCUGACUGCGCGGAGUGGGCCGCGCACACCUGGCCAACACUAAGUAUGCUUCUGUGCAGGAGGCUUUCUUCUCCACCUCUGCAGGAACACAUUACUAAAAAAAAAAUCAAUAUUUAUUUUUAGCAUCGUGGCCCUUCUCUUUAGUUCCAGCAUUAGGGUGACAGAGACAGACAGGUCUCUGUGAGUUCUAGCACAGUCAGGGCUAUAGAAAGAGACCUUGUCUCAAACAACAACAAAAGAUUUAUUUUUAUCUUACAAAAGUGCAUACACUAACUUGCCUGGUGUCCUUGGAGGCCAGAAGAGGGCACCCUGUUCCCUGGAGCCGAAGUUACAGGUAGUUAUGGGUUGCUUUGUGGUGUCUUUGUCCAAUCCCAGGAGCUCUGCAAGAGCAGCCAGUGCUUUUAACCGCUGAACCAUCUCUUGAGCCCCAAGGACUGCAUUCUCAUAGAAGAAUGUGCGUAGACCCAUAGGAGGAUAUACCCUUUGGGGUACUUGUUAAGCUUCUGGUUUGUUCUUCUUCCUUGUGGGUACUGUAAGGAUGAAUAGUAAUGUAUCUCAAGUGUCAGCAGUGCUUGAACCCAAGCAAACACAAAACAAAGCCUCUCCAGGCGUGUGUCACAGGCCUGUGAUCUCAGUACUCAGAAGGCACAGGCAGGAGGGUCACUACAAAGUCAAAACUAGCCUGUUUUGUUUGUUUGUUUGUUUGUUUUUUGCAAAUUUCAGGCUGUUGAAGGCUGCAGGCUGAGGUCUCGUCUCAAAAACAAAACAAGGGCUGGGGACAGAUACCUCGGUUGGUAGACUGUUAGCCUAGUGUGCAUGAACAUCUGGGCUCCAUCCUCACCCUGUAUAAAUGAGGCGUGUUGGUGCACACCCAUAAAUCCAGCUGCAGCUACAUAGCGACUUCAAGACCAUGGGCUACAUAAGACCACAUCCAAAGAAAAGUAAAAAUAAAACAACAAGAAGAAGCAUGUUAGGGCUGUCAAAGGAGUGCCUCGCCUACUGCCUAGUAGCCAUAGCUUUUGUCUUCCCUGCAUGCAACCCUGACCUAGCGCAUUGGGCUUUCUGCCGAAGUGGUCAAGUACCUAAGAACUAUUUAAGAGAGGAAGGAUUUAUUUCUGGCUCGUGUUUUCAGAAGCUUCAGGCCGUAGUAGACGGCUUCAGUGUUCCCACACCCAUGCUGAGGCGGCACAUCCCGGUAGGGGAACAUGGUGGGUACAGCAGCUCAUAUUACAGGGUCCCAGGAAGCCCUGUGCCCACUUAUCCCUGUCCCCACAAAGCAAUGCUGUGGGGUGCUCUCCUUUUCUCCCUUCCGGUCCAUCUACGGCCCCUUUCUGCGGGAUGGUGAUGCCCACACUUGGCAGGUGCUCCCCUUUAAUUAAGCUCUCUGGAAACAUCGUCACAGACACACCCAGCGGUGCCCUUUCCUAAACCCCAGCUGCGUCCAGUUAACUUGGGAGGCUGAAGCAUCACCCAUGGCGUCUCACUAAGGGAACUGCUCCUUCCCCAGGCAUGCCGCUCAGGUCCCAUCGCCCGGCCUGGCCAACUGGUGUUUGCCUAGGGUUCCCUACUGAAAAGAGGUCUGCAAUUAGUAAUGAGGGUGCUCCAGCCACUUCUGAUCUCUGAAGUCCCAAAGGCUAAACUCAAACACUUACUUUUGCUUUGGCUUUAUAGAAUUAAGUUCAUUGUGUUAAUACAAAUAAUAUAAGAUGAAUAGUGCAUAUGGCUGGUCUGGUUUCAUGGAACACACACACACACACACACACACACACACACACACACACACUAUGGCUCCUGGGAAGUAUAAGGGAAAGAUACGGUCUUUGAUAAAGAAAAAACUGAAUAUCACCCACCCAAAAUUCUGGUUUUUCUUUAAUAUUAGUGGUAAGUCAGGUAUGGUGGUACAUGCUUAUAAUCCCAGCACUCAGGAGGCAGAAGCAGCAGGAAGAUUAGAAGUUCAAGGUCACUCUUGACUACAUAUCAAGUUCAAGCCUAGCCUAGGAUAUAUGAGACCCUCUCCAAAAAUAAAUAAAUAAAUAAAUAAAUAAACAAGCAAACAAACAAAAGAAAUGGAGAGAGAGAGAUAGAGAGAGAAGGGAAGGAAGGAAGGAAGGAAGGAAGGAAGGAAGGAAGGAAGGAAGGAAGGAAGGAAGGGGGAGAGGAGAGGAAAGAGCAAGCUGUCAUCCCUGACAGGAUUGGAGCUCUAGAACAGUUGAGCUACGGCUCAUCUUCCACCCUUCGGUGUGACCGGAUACUCUGGCUCACCUCUCUGUGCCUCUGGACUUACAUUUCCUCACCUGUGAAAGGGAAGUAAUAACAGGACUUAUACAUGAAUAACCAUGAGGCUAUUUUUAAUGAAUUAAUUUUUAAAUUUUAUGUGUAUUGGUGUUUUGUCUGCAUGCAUGUCUGUGUACCAUAAGCAUGAAUGCCUGGUGCCCUCGGAGGCCAGAAGAGGGCAUCAGAUCCUCUGGAACUGAAGGUGAGCCACCAUGUGUGGGUGCUAGGAAUCAAAUCUGGGUCUUCGAAAAUAGUUGCCAGUGUUCUCAACCACUGAGCCACCUCUCCUGCCCUAGUUAUAAGGAUUGAAUGGGGCAGCACAGAUGUAUACUCAUAAUCUAAAGCCAAGCGUAAUAGUGAUCAUUCAGUAAAUGACGACAGUGGUCAGGUCAUUCUGUCAUCACAGACAUCGUCACUUGAUACCAGGUGUUGUUUGCUUUGUUUCUUUUCUUUUCUUUUCUUUUUUUUUUUUUUUCUGGUACUGGGGCUUGAACCCAGAGUCUCGACAUGCUAAAAGUGCAUUCCACCAUGGAGCAUUACAGUCCAUACAAGCUGCUUGUUUGUUUCCUAUGUAUCUCACUUGUUCUUCUCUGAAACCUUCACCACAAUUCUGUUUGACUUUUCCACUCUUAUAACUGCUCCUACCUGGUCACCUGGAUUGGUGUCAGCUUUGUUAGCAGCUGUGAUCCCCCAUCAUGCCUGGACAAGUACAGUGGCCUUGGCCUAACGGAACUAAUUAGAUAUGGAGACAAGCAGCUUGGUGCUUGACCAAGAUGCUCAGCACCCAGCGGUUAAGACAAGGUGCUGUCAAGCCGUACAUGGUGGCAUACCUGUAACCACAGCAUACUGAUCGCGGUCAGUAGGAUUGUGUGCUUUAGGCCUGGGCUACAUAGUGAGAGCUCACCUUCAGACAAAACAAAACAGAAAGUAGGCACUCUGAUGCUGAAGCUCUAGAUGGCACAGUAGUUUUCACUGUAUCCCCUGGUGUCCACAGACCAGGCCCUCUGGGUCUUGGUUUCCUUACCAUCUCAGGGAAUAUUAAGGAGUGAAUGAACUCCUGUAUGCAAACCAUAUGUAAUAAUUGAUGUAGCUAAUGUCACGUCAGGCACAAGCUAACAUACUUUACACGGACUAAUUAAUGUGGUCAUCACAGUAGCUCCACGAGGCAGGGUCUGUUACUGUCCCGGUUUAUAGGAAACCGGAGCAUGGGGGAGUUGCCCCAAAGUCUCACAUCUAAUAGGGGGAGCAAGCUGGGAUUCAGACUUAGGCACUCUGUACAGGACAGAGCUCAACAAGAAGCACACGCCUCUCCUUCCUUCUACCUUUGCUCACAAGCACAGCUUACUGUCACCGAAUCUUUGCAACCUGACCUAGCCCUGCAGGAGCAGAAAUCCCCCCUCCUAGCAUUUCUCCAAGCAGAUUGGAGUCUUUGGCCAAAUGGACUUUCAACACAAUGUUCUGCUAAGUCUGUGUUUCUGGGAGGUGCCCCGGGGCGGUGGAAGAAUGCCCUUUCUCUUUGCCCCGUUAGGGGGAGCUGCUUUGCAUUUGUCUGUUUUGUGUAUGAAGCAUUUGUGUCAGAUUGGGGACCAGAUAAUAGACUGAAGGGCAUUCUGAAGUGAAAAGUAUCAACUAUUGUUGCUUUCAUUCAUGCUCUAGAACAGUAGUUCUCAACCUGUGGAUUGCAAUCUCUUUGGGGAGUGUCAAAUAACCCUUUCACAAGGGUCUUCUAAGACCAUCCUGAAUAUCAGAUAUUUACAUUACAAAUCCUAACAGUAGCAAAACUACAGUUAUGAAAUAGCAACAAAAUAAUUUUAUGAUUGAGGUCACCACAACAUGAGGAAUGGUAUUAAAGGGUCACAGCAUUAGGAAGGUUGAGACCCACUUCUCUAAAAUAUUAUGAGCAUUAUAGUUUUAUGUGCUGCAGAGUCUUAACCUUCCGAAUGGCUUCAUACCUCAGGCAUAGUAGGUGCUGCUGCAUUAUGGAUAAGCAGGUAAUGUACAGAAACAGCCACUGUGGUCUGUAGAGGAAAUUUAACAGCUGACUAGUGGAUCAAGAGACAAGAUUUCAGCUCCCUCUCUGCACACCCUGUAUUGGUUCCUGGUGGAACCUUGCUUGCCUGCUGGUCCAAGGCCUGGCCCAGCCUGAAGCAUCCAGAGAAGUCUCUGUGCUGUUUUCCUAGGCCUGGGUUUCAGGUUAUAGGAGCCUACCCACCCUCUCUGUCUUCCAGAUUCCACUCCUCAAAGAUAGAGUCGGUAGCUCCUACUCCUGGUGCAAGUGGGUAGGUGGUACAGAGAGCCCAGGUUAGACCGUCAUUCAUCCCCAAAUCUUGAUUUCUGUCCCUAAAACUCUGGACACAAGAACCCACUGCCAGAAAGUCCUGUUUAUUCUCUCCUGUUGGCAAACUCUCUAGGCUCUUUGAUCACUUUUACAACUCUGUAAUUAUGGGCUGUAAUGGGCUGGGGUGUUUGAACCUCACCAGUAAUUGCUUUCUACUGUUCCUACCCCAAUUCUUCAAAGAGAACAGGGUGAAGAAGUAAGAAAAUCUCCACAAAGAAGGGAGUCCCCAUGCUAGGCCUCAUGGGUCCUAGAAUCUUGCUAUGGGAACCUUGGAGCCCUGGGAAUCAAGUUCUGUGUCUACUGGGGUACUCCUCCUUACCCAUGAGAGUACCAGUAGGAUUCCCCUAUGGGGUUCUCCCAGCCCUGCUCGGAAAGCCCUUGUUCGGAGGGUCCUAGAGGCCCGAAUGGCCGGCGAACGAGGAGCCAGCGCAGUGCUCUUUGACAUCACGGAGGAUCGAUCAGCUGCCGAGCAGCUGCAGCAGCCCCUGGGGCUGACUUGGCCAGUGGUGCUGAUCUGGGGUACGGACGCCGAGAAACUGAUGGAGUUCGUGUACAAGAAUCGGAAAGCCCACGUGAAGAUUGAGCUGAAGGAGCCCCCAGCCUGGCCAGAUUCUGACGUGUGGAUCCUCCUGACUGUGGUGGGUACCAUCUUCGUGAUCAUCCUGGCUUCAGUGCUGCGCAUCAGGUGUCGUCCCCACCGCAGCAGACCGGACCCUCUUCAGCAGCGGACAGCCUGGGCCAUCAGCCAGCUGGCCACCAGGAGGUACCAAGCCAGCUGUAGGCGGGCUCAAGCCGAGUGGCCAGACUCAGGGAGUAGCUGCAGCUCAGCCCCCAUGUGUGCCAUCUGCCUGGAGGAGUUCUCAGAGGGACAGGAGCUCCGCGUCAUUUCCUGCCUCCAUGAGUUCCAUCGCAGCUGUGUGGACCCCUGGCUGCACCAGCAUCGGACCUGCCCCCUCUGCAUGUUCAACAUCCUCGAGGGAGACUCAUUUUCCCAGGCUCUGCGAGCCUGUCCAUCUUACCAGGAACCAGGCAGGAGACUCCACCUCAUUCAUCAGCAUCCUGGUCAUGCCCAUUAUCAUCUCCCUUCUUCCUACCUGUUGGGCCCUUCCAGGAAUUCAGUGGUCCGGACCCCAAGACAUAGACCCUUCCUGCCCUCCCAGGAGCCAAGUACAGGCUCUCGGCAUCAGUGCCUCCCCAGGGCUUCACAUCUCCGGGCACCAGAAGAACAGCAGCACCUGGCAGUACCUCAGCACCCCUAUGCACAGGGCUGGGGGCUGAACCGCCUCCGGUGUACCUCUCAGUACCCCACAGCUUGUCCAGUGGCCCUACGACGGGCCAGGCCUCAUGACAGCAGCGGGUCUGGGGAAAGCUACUGUACGGAACGUAGUGGCUACCUGGCAGAUGGGCCAGCCAGUGACUCCAGCUCAGGGCCCUGCCAUGGCUCUUCCAGUGACUCAGUGGUCAACUGCACGGACAUCAGCCUGCAGGGCAUCCACGGCAGCAGCUCUACCUUCCAGAGCUCCCUGAGCAGUGACUUUGACCCCUUGGUAUACUGCAGCCCUGAAGGGGAUCUCCAAGGGAAAGGGAUGCAACCUAGUAUGACCUCUCGCCCUCGUUCCCUGGACUCAGUGGUGCCCACAGGGGAGACCACGGUUUCCAGCCACAUCCACUAUCACCGUCACCGCCACCACCACUACAAAAAACGCUUCCAGUGGCAUGGCAGAAAGCCUGGCCCAGAAACUGGGGUCCCACAGUCCAGGCCUCCUGCUUCUCAGACUCAUCCAGAGCCAUCUUUCCCUGACCAGCAGUUCACCACAUCCAACCCAACAGCUUCUUCAGUGCUCCCCAACCCGCAGCGGCCCAGGGCUCUUACAGAGCCAGCCCCUGGCCUAGCAGAAGCUGCCAACCCCAGCCCCAGCAGUCUUUUGAACUUGCAGAAAUCCAGCCUCACUGUCCGACACACACAGAGAAAACGGCGGAGUGGUCCCUCAGAACCCUUGCCAACCUCCGGGCCCCAGGACUUGACUGUGCACCCGGCUUGCCAGGCUUUUCCCCACUCUAGCCCCAGCCUGGCCUACCCUUGGCCCCCAGAGGUUCACCCACUGAUCUUCGGCUCUCCAGGUCUGGAUAGGAGGCUGCUACACGAAGUCCCAGGCCCCUGUUACUCAAGUCCACAGCCAGUAUGGUUGUAUCUGACUCCCCGCCAGCCUCUGGGACCAUGCUCAUCAGGAGAGGGACAUUCCAAGUGGAGCUCUGACACACCAGAGAGCAGGCCAUGCCCUUACCCGCACUGCCAGGUGCUGCCAGCCCAGCCUGGCUCGCAGGAGGAGCUGGAAGAGCUGUGUGAACAGGCUGUGUGACGUGAGAGGUUCAGCCAACCAAGAGUGUGUUCCAGAUGACUCAGGUCCUGCUCCUGGGAGGAGCAAGGACCUUAGCGAGCAUCUGUCAUACAUACUUCCGGGGACCACUGGUGGGUGGCAGGAGGUGCUUUGUCCUGCCCCGGGAUCACAGUCCUGUCUGCAGAACACACCUGCAGCGCAGAAAGCCUGUGUCCAGCCAGACAACCAGCUAGUGUGCAUUUGUGGAGUGGAUCUCUAAAGGCUGUUUUUUGAUGGGAAGCUAUGAGUGAAUAUCUAGGCGUCCCAAAGGUGCUGCUCUUUCCCCAGGCCCACUGGGUUCCCUUUGGGGUCUCCUUUGCCACGGGCUUCAUGUUCACACGAGCCAGUCGGUUCAGAUGAGUACGUGGCCACUUCUCAGCUCCUUUCAAGGCUUCACGGGGCCAACUUGAGCUUUAUCAUUUUUUUCCUUCUUCACAAAAGGAGUUUUAGGUGAGCCCAGUCCCUAGAGAGGUCUCUGUACCUCCUCCAGCCAUUGUCGCCUCCUCGGUGCUCAGGGAGGGGUGGUUCUUCCUGCCUGUCCCCAACACUGAUCUUAAGAGUUGCAGGCUUCAGGGAGCCCAGGGCAUAGAAUUCAGUCCAGAGGUGGGGGCUCUGACAGACCUGGGAUGAAACUUUUGAUUAUCAAACUCCUUGUCACUCCAGCAACAUCAGUUCCUCUGAGGUAGAGAACAGGGAUAGAAGGAAUAACUGUUCCUUAAAGAUCUCCUGUCUCUACAUACAAGGCAGGCAAAAAGGAGUGUCUACUAAACUUCAUCUGGGAAGAGGGAAGAUGAAAUAAAGGCAGAAUUCUAGCUGAACAAGGACAAAAUUCUCUGAUUCUCAGAGCAAAGAUGGAGAAUGAUAACAUGACCUCAUGGGUCUGCAGGGCCCAGAGGCCAACCUUCCCAAUAUAAGCCAUACAAACCAAUAACCCAACAGAAGGUGUACAUGUGGAUUUGGGUGCUGGCCUGGGCUGCUUGUACCAAGUGGGCAGCUUGUACCAAGUGGGCAAGAACUGAGAGGCCUCCUGUAGCUCUUCAUCCCAGGACAUCCUGGCCAUUGUUAGCCCCUCAGGCUAUAUCCUUGCCUGGAAUGUGAAUGUGGGGGCAAAAUGGGCAUGGGAUUGUACUUAAGAACCCUCUCUCCUCAAAGUCAAUGGGGAGAUUGGCACCCAAGCACCCACAUGGGUAUUUAUAUCUGAACCAGACAGAAAGAUGCUUGAAUCAGGCACUAUGUUGACAAAUGUAUUUAUUUGCUAAUAUAUUUAUCCAUAAAUAUGA